GUAAGCUCAUGGAAUAGAGAACAGGUAAUACAAUGAACAAAUAAUUGAUUUUCUUUAUCCACAACGAUGUUAAAUAUUUAAUGAACAAACAAUAGAAAAAAUCGUUGUUUUUUAAUAUUUUUAUUAUGUCCCUAAAAAAUCGUAAACAAAAAAUACCCAGUCAGUGCCCUACCACAAAAUAUUUUUCAUAGCUGAUAAUACAUAAUGUAUUUUGCCAUUUUUGAAAAUAUAAGUACUUGCCACCCUUUUUAUUCAGCACUCAAAUUUAUACUUACCGUCUCAUUACCAUUUGAUUUCCAGUAUGAUCCAUUGGUUUAUAUUUUCUACAGUAAUAAUUAGUGCAAAUGCAUUUUAUGAUCCCAAUGGACCCGUAGUUUAUACGAAAAAUGGGCCAGUUAGAGGCAUCAAAAGUCAAUCCAGAUCCAACAAGCCAUAUGAUUCCUUUUUAGGAAUUCCCUAUGCUAAGCCACCUGUUGGAAAUUUAAGAUUUGCUAAUCCCGAACAUCCUGAACCCUGGAAGGAUGUUUACAACGCCACAAAAUAUGGUCCAAGAUGCAUGCAAAGAAAUCCAUUCUUAUCAAUUGAAACUGUAUAUGAAGGUGAUGAGGAUUGUCUUUAUUUGAAUGUAUAUGUUCCCGAAAUUCCCAAAAGCGAAAAGCUUCCAGUAAUAUUUUCCAUUCAUUGGGGUGGGUUAACAUCUGGAAACGGAGAUGGUGGCUACUAUAAUCCAAAGUAUUUCAUGGAUUUUGAGGUUAUAUUGGUUAUUAUCAAUUACAGAGUAGGAAUUUUAGGGUUCCUAUCUACAUUGGAUGAUGCAGCUCCUGGCAAUUUCGGCCUAAAAGAUCAAGUUAUGGCACUGGAAUGGGUCCAGGAUAAUAUCUGCCAUUUUGGAGGUGAUGCUAAGAAUGUGACAAUCAUGGGUGCGAGUGCUGGAGCAGGAUCUGUUCAUUUGCAUAUGGUCAGUCCCAGAUCCGAAGGUUUGUUUGGACGAGCAAUUUCCCAAAGUGGUGCUGGAAUAGCAUUAUGGAUGUCUUCAACCAAUCAAGCUCAGCUUACAGCAGCCUAUACCCAAGCGGAAUUCGUGAAUUGUUCCUCAUGGAUAGGAAACCAUACAGAAUUAGUUAAUUGUUUUAGAAAUGUACCUGCUAUGGAGCUUUUACACUCACAAGAAAAUUUUGUGUUCUUUGCCAUGUUUCCUUUCACAGUUUGGUUGCCGGUAACUGAAACAUUAACAGCUCAAAAUCCUAAGCCAUUUUUAUUGAAACAGGCUAAAGAGUAUUUGGAAGCUGGCGAAUUUAGGAGGGUUCCAUGGCUGACAGGCAUGACAAAAGCCGAAGGGCUUGCAGUAGCAUUACCUAUUUUUAUACCAGAUGAAAGACGUAUAGCUUUGAAUAACAGCUUCAACGCUGUUGUUCCAGCACUUUUGGCCUUACCUGAUAGUUCUCAGUUUCCAGCUGUAUCAGAUUUUUACCUUAACGGUGAAAAUAACGUUGAUCUAAAUAAGGUUGUCAAUGAUGCAGAAUGGAGAAAUGGUUUUAUAAAUAUGUUUAGCGACAGAUUUUUUGGUCAGCCUUUAAGCGAAUCAAUAUCAAUACAGCUCAAGCAUGGACAUAAAUCAUUAUAUUUAUACAGUUUUGAAUAUGAAGGCAAAGACACGCAUGCUAGGUUAUUUUCGACACAAGAUUCAUUCAACUACCGUUGGGGUGUAACCCACCUUGAUGAUGGACUUUAUCAGUUCGAGGCUCCAGACUUAAUUAAUCCGCUUUCGCAUCCUAAUGAUAUUGCAUUCAGUAGAAUCUGGAUUUCUUUGUGGAUCAACUUUGCAGUUUGUGGUGAACCAAAUCCAAGUCACCACAAAAUCAUUCCCAACAUUGAUUGGAACCCGUUGAGAAUGGGUCCUGAUGGACGGUUGCGAAAUAAAGACAUUUUGUUCAUGAAUGUUACAGGGAAUUACACGUCAGGAGCAAGGUUUAAACUUACAAGAGGAUUUUAUGGAAAAAGAAUGAGUUUUUGGGCAAAUCUUAAAUAAGCAUGGAAGCAAAUAAGUAUUAUUCGUGAUAAAAUCAUUAUUUUUAUAAAUAAAUACAUAAAAUCCUUAUGCAGCUGCAUAAACA